AUGGAAGAUUUGGAGACUAACUUAAUCCAGACAAGCAAAGCAUGUAGAAUAGAGCAAAUGGUAGCAAAAUGGCUUCACCGCGCUCUGGAUGGUGCAUCAAGGGGCAGCGUGUCUGUGACAAACAGCAGUAAUGAUGGCAGUAGUCAGCCUGCCAGCCGUGUCAAAAUUACUGUCACAGUAUAUAAAGAUUUGGUCCUCCAUCAUUAUGGCUUUGAGAUUUGUCCAAACCUUCCUCUUACAAUUGCCUCUGUUACUCCAGGGAGCACUGCCGAAGGGAAGCUGCAGCCAGGUGACCAGGUCCUCCUGAUAAACUCCACCGUGGUGGAUGACCUCUCUGUUGAACGAGCGGCUGACAUCAUCAGGGCAGCCGGUGAUGAGCUCCUGCUAACGGUCCUGCGCUGCACGUCGGGCGGGCCCAAGUCAUCAUUUCUUACUGCAGAGAAGAGGGCAAGGCUGAAAACAAACCCUGUGAAAGUACGGUUUGCAGAGGAAGUGCUGGUGAAUGGACACACACAGGGGAAUUCUCUUCUUUGUAUGCCCAACGUUCUCAAAGUAUAUUUGGAAAAUGGACAGACGAAGGCUUUCAGGUUUGAGACAAGCACUACUGUCAAGGACAUUGUUCUCACCUUGAAGGAGAAGCUCUCAAUCCGGAGCAUUGCGCACUUUGCCCUUGCUCUGGAGGAGCAGUACAACGUGACAAAGAUCCACCUGCUGCACGAGGAAGAGUUCAUCGAGCAGGUGGUCCAAAAAAGAGAAUCUCAGGACUACCGGUGCCUCUUCAGAGUUUGCUUUGUCCCAAAGGAUCCCUUAGACCUCCUGCAGGAAGACCCAAUUGCCUUUGAAUAUCUCUACUUGCAGAGCUGCAGCGAUGUGCUUCAGGAAAGAUUUGCUGUGGAAAUGAAAUGCAGUGUGGCAUUACGUCUGGCUGCUCUGCACAUACAGGAGAGGAUCUAUGCUUGUGCUCAGCCACAGAAAGUAUCCUUGAAAUACAUUGAGAGGGACUGGGGAAUUGAAAAUUUCAUCUCACCAACUCUGCUUCGAAACAUGAGAGGGAAGGAUAUUAAGAAAGCCAUCAGCUACCACUUGAAGCAGAACCAGAUGCUACUGGACCCUCGGCAAAAGUAUUUCUUCUCUUGCAAAACGAAGCAUAUGCUCACAGCAGUCCAAGUGCGCCUGACCUACCUGCAAAUACUGGGAGACUUGAAGAUGUACAAUGGGAAGAUCUUUAACGCCACCCUUAUGCUACAGGACAGAGAAUCGUAUGUUGCCUUGCUGGUGGGUGCCAAGUAUGGGGUGAGCCAGAUUAUCAAUAAUAAGCUCAACAUCAUAACAAGUCUGGCAGAGUUUGCAAACAUCAGCAGGGUGGAGCUUACAGAGGAGUCUGAAAAAGUGAGCACUGUCAAAAUCUAUCUGCAGGAUCUGAAGCUGCUGACUCUGCUCCUGGAAUCCAACAGUGCAAAAGACCUUGUCUGUCUCAUCAUUGGCUACUACAGACUGUUUGUGGAUGCAAAUGUCUCCAUAUUUACCUGGGGGGAGAAAAAACAGCAACUGCACCGUGUCUCAGCCGAAGAAGGAUACGAAUCUCGAACCUGCAGUGACUCUGAAGACUCCUGGGAGCAGGAUUCCUCUUCAGACCAUUGCUUGGACACUCCUACAGCACACAGCAGUGCCCAUCCUGUGUGCAACAAGGAGGAGCUGGGAGAGCUCCACAGUCUGGAAAAGGACAGCACAAAGCCCCAGUCUGAAGGGAGUGAGCAGUAUGAUGCGUGUGACAAUGCAACAGACAGCGCAUCUGAGGCUUCAGAUUCAGCCAACACUGAGAGCCGAGGAUUUAAGACAAGUGGCUCCAGUGACUCUAUGGAUGCACUGGAGGAAGAUGAGUUGGAAACGUGCUCUUCCUUCAGGCCAGAAUUCUUCCACUUCUACAUACCAACAGUUCAGGAGAUGAGCCACUCAGACAAGAGCUUCUUCCCCAUUCAUGCUGAAGGAGGCUCCAUCAGGGCAGAAAAUGGAGACUACUUCUGCUUCUUGCAGGUACCUCAUGCAGAGGACCUUGGGUGUGAGAACAGUCCCUCUGAGCAGAGAGGGGAGGACAUUGGUACAUCUGUGGUGAAAACCAGAUUGUCUGAGAAAAACACCAUGGACUUCUACAACUUGUGCUACAGCAUAUACCCUGCAGGCAGUGUGGAGAGGAGCAAAAUCAGCCACAGCCCUCAAAGAAGUCCUUGGAAAGAUGAGUCUUCCCAGGAAGGGGCACCAUGUGGAGCAGAUGUGACUGCAGAGGCAAGCGACCCCAUUUUGGAGCCGCCCCCAGGCUUUGGUGACACCAGCUCUGAGGAGGAGGAGUUCUAUGAUGCUGCAGACAGGCUUAGCCCUCCAGACGCCUUGGCAGGCUACAGUAUCACGUCCCAGGAGAGUACAGACAACUGCUCCAGCAUGCUGAAGCAACCAAGGUGUUACAGCUUAGGAGAAAGCCUGAUGACAAGGCAGACAGCAAAGGAGAAACACAGAAAGGAGGAGAUGACAUAUGCUAAGAGCCUGAAGAAGAGGAGGUCUUUCCUGAAAACCGAUUACACCUCACAGGUCACUUUUCCCUUAGCUUUACCAGGCCCUCUGCAAAGCUGCUGCUCUUGGCCACCCACACCAGCACUUCUUGCUCAGCUGCCCUCUUCACCCUCCUCAGAGAACAUCAAGAAUGCAGAGCUUCAAGUUCCUGCUGCAACCCACGCCCAGAGAAACAGUGCUAGCCCAAAUCCAUCCUCUGGCCUGGUGGAAAUGGAGCCUUAUACCAUGGAAACAAAAUCAGUGACUGACUCGUUGAUUUCUUCCAUUUCAGCUGUUCGCCUGCAGGGUGUUGCCAUGCAUGUGGACAGCAGCCUCCAACCUACACAUGCUGUAUGUCCACCUUUCCUGUCCCUGGAGGAAGGUGUGCCCCUUCCUGUGGGCACAUCUUGUUUACAGGCUGUCAGGUCACCUGCUCAGGGAAGUUCCUCCAUGAAUAAUGGGUUGCUGAGUGAGGAGAGAUGUAUGGACACCAAAGGCUGGCUGGCCCAAGUGGCACAGGAGGAGAUGGGUGAGGUGAUGGCAGCCCAGCAGGUUGGUGAUACGCACCCAUGCCCUGGCCAAGAAGUGACUUGCCCUGCUAACAAACACACACUGCCAGCUCAUGGCUCCAGCAUGGGCUCUCCCCAUGAGGUGGACAAGGACCAGGCCCAGGAACCGCUCCUCACUGCUGAGAGGGAAGCAGUGUGUAAGGAGCCUGUCCCAGCUCUUUGUGAAGAAGAAAAACCUAAUCAUGACAGCUGUGCUGAAAACAGCAGUGACAGUGCCUUGUUACAGGCAAAAAGCAGACCAGCGAUAAACAAGGAGGCCUUACAGAAAGCGAACAAUAAAAAACACAUAGGUUUUCCAGAUGCAGCUCAGCUCUUAACAGAUAGCAGCAGCACUUCUGGGGUUGGAACUCACCUCUCAUGUGGGCUGAGGACAGACCUCACAUUACCCAGCCCAUCUCAGGAAAGGGUAGACAUCCCACUAGAGCUUUUGGCCUCUGAGAAGACUAGUGGGUGCCUGGAGGCUGAUGCUGUUGGAAAGGAGAUACAAACAUCCCCAGCCGGAGCACUGUUUGCGAAAGAGUUGCUAAGCAGCCAGGAGCUGGAUGGAGACCCUAGAAAAGAUGCAGGAAAUGUGGCUCUCACACAGCCACAGCCUAUUCAGACUCUUCCCAGAGAACAGUCUACUGAGGCGGGAAAAGACUCUCCUAUAACUCCAUCUGUAGUGCUUUCCACCUCCUCAGGCCCAGUUUCCUUUGGCUUGCUGGAGAAAAAAGCAGACCAUGGGGCUUCAAAGCACUCCUUACUCUGCUUUAACCACAAGGAGGAUGAGCAGAGUCCUUCUGACCCCAUCAUGACCAGGUCCUUGGGUUUUUCCACAACGAAGAGGACAUCUCCACCACAGCUUGGGAUGGACAAAUGCAGCUGUCGUCUGUCCUAUAUCAGCUGCUUCCACAGGUCUGAUGACAAGGGGGAAUGUGAAACUACCAUCCCCAUGUGCAACACAUUUCUGGGGCCCCUCACCACUCCACCGUCCAGCAGCUGCAGUCUUCCUGGGACCCCUGUGAGCAGUUACCCAGUCUCCAUUGCUAGGGACAUGGCAUGGUGGGACCCUUACGUCCAAGCCCUCAGCAAGCUGAAGGACCAAGCACAGAGGAGCCCUGAAGAUUUUUCCUGCUUCCUGGCUUACACCACAGAGCUUCAGGAGGUUGUGGGGAAGCUCUCCAGGAACCAAGCAACCCAUCUGCAAGGUCAAUGUUCUGAGCAGGGUGCUGAGAGCAAGGGUACCCUUGGCUUAGUCUCCCAGGAUCUGCUGUCCAGUUGCCAGGAGCUCCUGAAAACAGAGCAGCCCCUAAAAGAGCUGCAGGGUGUGCUGAGGGUGAUGUUCAACCACCUAGUUCAGCUGGCAGUGGCCUGCUUCCAGGUGACACACUGCCAGCUGUGCAGGCAGAGGCAGCAGAGGCUUGGGGCUGCACUCAUGGAUGUGGUGGGAACCUACCAGCAACUUGUGCAGGCUGGUCACCAGCAGCUUUGCAGUCAAGGCUGCCCGGAUAUGGGUGCCAACCUCCUUGCCCGCCAACACACAGCCCUCACAGCUUCCAUCUUUUGUCUUCUGCAUCAGCUCAGGGAACCCCCGUUGUCGUGAUGGGGAUGUUUGGUGGCACAAGUGCACUGGGUGGGAAGAGCCCAGCCAUGUUCCUUCUGUUCACUAUCAGGCUCUUCCCUACAGGGCAUUUAGCCCCACAGUUCAAGAAUCGGCACAGAAGCAUGUGUCCCUGGUGUCAGCUUAGCUCCACCAAGAGCCACGCCUGUGCAGGGGGUGGUUAUGAUGCAGGGUGUACUGCCCUCCAGCCUAGCUUUGCGCAAUUUUGUGUACGCAAUCUCUCUAUGUAAUAUGCAAAUUCAUAGAGUACUUCAGUGGCUUAUGUAUCUUGCCUGGGGCUUGUCCCUCACCUCUCAAAGGCCUUGCAGGUGGCUGGUCUCAAGGUGUUGUCUUAGCCUUCUGUCACCUGUGAAGCCUGCCUUUCUUGCCACUCCAUACUCUCCAGGCAGUUUCCGAAAUAAAAUUAUGUCAGAUGCCAACCUGGCCCCAUGUGAAGGAAACCAGGAUACUUUGUCCACCACGUGUGGCUAAGGAUGUAAUGGAAAUCUCUUUGGGAAACAAACCAUGCUGUAUUUAACUGCCUUUUCUUGCAGCCACAGAAGAGGCUUGUCCCAGGCAAUGUAGGCAACACCAUAUCCUGCUUUUCUGAUCUGGUUUCUGUGUGUCAGCCAGCUCUUCUAUUUACAUUUGCUGAUGCUUGAGAAAGUCCCUAACACUCCCCUGCCCCUGGUCUGGGCUAGCAUAUGUUGCUGCAUAGCAAACUCAGGGGCUCAAUUGUAAAGUUAAAGGCUCUUACAUGGAGCUGAAGUGCAAACCUCUAACUACACACCAACAGCUAAUGAGAGGGGGAAUGUGAAGACUAAGAAUUGGAAGGACACAUAAGGCACAGCAGAGCUGCAGGCACUGGCAAACACAAAUUCAGCAAAAAUGCGGAGAAAGGCCUGGUGCAACAGGUGCUACUGAUACUGCCUCAUGGCACUGAAUUCCAGGUGUUGUAAAAGGCUCUUGAUAUGAAAGAAAAAUGAAAAUACAUAUGCAAAUGAGAUAGCAAUUUACCUCAGAAGACCUUCAAGUCCUUCCACUGGUGGUUGGAGCUAGUCAUUUACAGCGACAUGGAGGCUGUUUGGUGGUUUGUUGGGGUUUUGGGGAUUUUUUUAGCAAUAAUGGCUGAGGUUACAUAUCAACUUAGAUGCAUCAAAGAUGCUUUCUGCUGUGGCUAUGAACUAUAUCUGUUCUCUUUGUGCAGGGCAGAGUCAGAUCCCAGAUACCCUUCCAGGAGGAACUUCAGGGUUAGUGAACUUCGCAUGUCAGUGUGUGAUGACGCAUAAGUAACCAUAAGGAUGCAAUGGGAGUUUAAGAGUAAACAUUUUAUUUUAGGUUUUUAAAAUAGAAGCACAGGAUUAGCUAUAGGCUUCAACAACUCCCCGAGUCUUCAACUGAUUUAAAGUUGUCAGGACACAGUGCACCUGGAAACAGUUUCUCCAUCUGGGAAUCCCAUCUUGUGCUCCCCCAUCGGAACAGCAUUGUCCUUUUCCAUGGGAAGAAAUUUUCCUCACCAGGGAGCUUUGCAAUUCUAACUUCACCUUACUUACUGUUUUAGCAAGAUGAAAGAAAUAUAUUAAAGCACUCCUUGCUGCCCCAGAACAAGUGUAGAUGCAAGAGUCAGAAACACUCUAGAAGCAUCUGUAAAGAAGUAGAAUUGAAUCCCUGUCAGUUUCCACUGGAUCCCAGGGCUCCAUUAGCUUAUGUUUUAUGUUCAAGAGGAAAAAGUAUUUUCCAGCAUUGUACUGCUGAGUCGAAAUGCGUCACUCUUGAUAGGGUCCUUGAACAAGAUUUAAGCAGAGCUAUCCUCUCUAUGCAUAUUCAUGCUGGUGCCUCUGCUCAAAAUUUGGAGUUUGUCUCUCUUGUCUGCACAGCUCUUUAACAUUACAAAAUAAAGAAUUUUCUUGUGCAUUAUCA